CGGCUGCUCCAGGUAAGCGCGGCGCGGCGGUGGCAGCUGGUGAGGCGAGACGUGCCCUGGGGCGGUGUGAGACGCCGCCGGCCGCACAGGAGCCGGCGGCGGCCUCCGUGAGCCGUCACUGCCGGCGGCGCGGCGGCCGGGCCAGCACGGGCCGCGCACCAGCCGAGUGAGAGCGAGGGACUGGACCGCGCAGCUGGGAGGCUGGGCCCCACAGUGUUUCCGCCCUCAACAUUCGGUGUUCGUUGCGGGCCACCCAGCCGUUCGCGCCUGCCGUUCUUCCGUUGGUGCCCCGCGGCCAUGGACGACUCUGGCUUCGAGGAGGACCAGGUUCAGCUGUUGGCUGAGCUGAGCGCCCAGGCGCUGCUGCACCAGCCGGCACCCGCAGCCGGCGACCAGCUGCAGCUGCUGCUGGAGCGACUGCUGGAGGCGCCCGUGCCGGCCGCCUCGGCCGCCUACCUGUACGGCUACACGCUCUGCAUAGGCGAGACGCUGCGCUACCUGGCCGAGCGCGAGGGCCUGGCCGGCGACCACCCGGUGGUGUGCGGCGUGCGCGACCACAUGCUGGCAGAGUACGGCCGCAUGGUGCGCCACCUCUCCCAGACGGAGGUCAAGCCCGGCCCGGCCGGCGGGCUCGCGCCGCCGCCGCCGCCGCCGCCGCCGGCUCCCAGUGGUGACGCGCGGCACCGAGUGACGGCCGCCGGAGCCGGCCCCCCGCCGAACUCGGAUGACGGAGCGGUGACCUCUGGUGACGCGCCUGUGAACUCUGGUGACGAGCCUGUGACCUCGGGUGACGUUGGACGGCUGGACUGCGGUGACGCGGCGGUGGACUGCGGCGGCGCUGGCGGUCCCGAGGCGCCUCUGUGGGACGGCCCGCCGGCACCGGUGCCCCAGCAGCUCAGGGACCUGUGAUUCUGUGAUACGGUGCGCUCGCUGUGUGUGUAGUGUCGUGUGGGCACGCAGCCGCCGCUCUGUGCCGGUAGCACGGCGCCCCCCGUCUCCGUGUGCUGACCACUGCUCCGUGUGCUGCUGGCCACCGCCGGCCAGAAUCAGCCCGGAUGCCGGUGCUGGUGCCGGUAACAGCGCUGCUCGUGACAUUAAACACUGCCGUUUUAUAUUAGACGUGCACGUCAAGCGAAAAGGUGAACAAAUAUAUAUUGGAGGUGCAUUGAA